AUGAGCGAUGCAACGCACGCAUUUCUUCACACAGUUGCUGGGGCAGCAGGGGCCGUCGUAGCUAUGGCAGUCGUUUACCCUCUGGACUCUCUCCGCACCAUCCAAUCAGUACAGGGUGGAUCAGCCUGGGAUGUUGUAAAGCUUCACCUGCGCCAUGGUGGCUGGAGGCGCUUGUAUAGGGGGAUAAAGGCAGCUCUUGCAGGAGUUGUCUUUAGCUGGGGCACAUACUUUUUCGUUUACACGCUGGCAAAACAGAAGGAGAAGAACCGCAGAGGCCAUAAGGCCAAAACGGGCACAAAUCUUCCCAUGGCGAUCGGUGCCGGAAUUUGCUCUACUGUCAUAAGCAAUCCAUUCUGGGUGGCAAAUACACGCCUUAAGGUUGACUUCUCUGCGAAAGCCAACGAACAGGGCAUCUUCAAGAUGCUAAUAGCGAUCCUGCGCAAGGAAGGGUUUCGUGGAUGGCUUGCGGGGAUCGUGCCAGCUCUAGUUCUGGUUUUAAAUCCUGCUAUUCAGUUCACCCUCUAUGAUCACUUACGGGUGAAACUGAUGCAGCUAAAACAGAGAUGGCGAACGGCCUCACGGGCUUCAUCUUCGAAUUCACUCAGCAGCCAACACAGCAGUACUGGGUCCCUUGUUUCCGAUAAAAUGCUACGAGUUCGCGUAACACCUGCUGAAUCGUUCCUCAUGGGACUAACGGCAAAGCUGGCGGCAACCCUUGUGACCUACCCCUAUCUUGUGGUCAAGACGCGAGCACAAAGCAAAGUAUAUAAUGUUAAGGACUAUUCAUGUAAGGAAGGCUAUGGAAUAGCCAGGACCAGUAGCCGCCUCUCUGCUCUGCGGAACCACCACCCACAAUGGACCCUCAACGACACCCUAACUAUCCGAAGUACAUCUUCCAUUUGUAGUUGCUCCACUGUGUUGUGCUUCUCUGGCAGCUACUGUGAGGAGCCUGAUCAUGAUUCUCGAGACGGAAGGCCUUCCAGGCCUCUUUGCCGGCUUGCCUUCGAAGCUCACGGCCACGUUGUUGUCGUCGGCGAUAAUGUUCACAGUGUAUGA